ACCAGUGAGUGUGAGUGUGUGUGUGUGUGUGUGUGUGUGGAUCAGUGUCAGCGUGCAUGAAUGGGCUCAGCGUUGACUGGGUUAUAGUUUCUCAUCUGCAGAUAUCACUUGGCGCGCGGAUCGACAGCUGUGGGCGCGCGAAUAAUGGUCGCGCACAUGGCACAUUAUGGAGACACCACACAGCUGAACGAUGGGAAUGGAGAAGUUUCGGCAUCAGACCUGAAGGAUCAUCCUGCUGAAAGCUCUCACAGCAGUUCAGAUGAUACGUCAGCUGAGGAGAGCUCAGAGGAAGAGGAGGCCCAUGAAGAGGAAGAGGAAAAACAGUCAGACUCUGACACGAGAUCCAGAGCAGAAAAACCUGCCGCCUCAGGAGAGCAGCUUCAGCCGUGCUGUGAGAAGUGCAGAGCUCUAAAGAAUCCCAAACAUGAGCUUGUCACCCCCAGGAAAAUGUCCAGAGAUCGUCUGCAGCUACAGCUGGAUGCUGAGGGGGUGUUUGAGUGUUCAGACACGGGGCUGGUGUUCGAGGUCUCCCAGCGCGUCAAAAUCACCUACUGCAUUCUCUCCUGGAGCAAGUUUAGCACCUACUUGACUGGAUCAUGGAAAUUUGCUGGACCCAUUUUUGAUGUGGACUGCGAUCCGUCUAUUCUCAAAUCCAUCCAGUUCCCACACUCACUGUGUUUAGCAGCAGAUAAAGACAACGAGGUGAAGUUCAGCGUGCUGCACGUGAAGAACAGCCGUGGUCUGAUCGAGCCCUCGGCCGACCACUCCGGGAGUCACGUCAAAUGGACCGUGUCUUCGCUUUCACCCGUGGGCCCGAUUGCUCAGACGUCUAAGUCAGCAGAGCAUCAUGGGGUGGUGCAGGUGUUCAAAGAGGUGGGCCAUGAAAACUCCUUCUCCUUCAGAGUUUAUCUGGCUGGAAACAACUGCUCUGACAUCAAGGACAUCAGAAGGGCCGUUCGGCGGGCGAACAACUGUAAGAACAACAAGCGGUACAUACAUGUAGACAAGCCACCUACCUGCAUGUUAGAGGAGAACAGGAAGUACCGGCUGAUCAGCGAGCCCGUGGGUCACAUCACACCAGAGGACAUGCUCUUCACGCCUGUCAUCGUGGAGGUGAAGGGCUACUUCGAGGUCUUCUUUGAGGAGAGUCCUCCUUUCAAACUGUCCUUGACAGAUGCCGACUCGGGACACACUGUAUGGACUGCGACCAUCAGAGAGGUCAGAAAGAUGCUUUUGUGUCAAAAGCGGGAAACGUCAGAGCAUAGCAGGGCUGAACAGAGUGCAGGGGACUGUGUACAUCAUCUAGAGGAAACCCCCAGAAAACCAAUGAAAGGUAUGCAAUGCGGCAGAAAGAGACACAGCAGCACAUCAGAGGAAGAGCUCUGUAACAAGCCCAGUAAGAAGUCUCGCGGCGUUGAUGAGUCUGAUUGUCCCGCGACGGCCGCGGCUCCAGACCUGACGGACCAGCAGCUGAUGCAGGUGGCCAAACGCAUGGGGAAGGAGUGGAAGAUCGUAGCCAUCUGCUACCUGGGCCUCUGCAAACAGGAUCUGGAGGAGAUGGAGGCCGCGGAGGAGGACGUGACCAUGCUGAAGUUCAACAUGCUGGAGCGCUGGAGACGACGGCAGCCGAAGGGGAAAGCGGGAAUUCAGGAGCUCCACAAGUGUCUGAAAGACAACGAUGACGUGCCUAAUGAGGUCAUCGCUGUGCUGGACGAGAUGCUUCGCAAUAAUUCAGCUACGUGACCUUAAGCUGAGAGACGGGCCCACAUCUGUCCAGCUGACCAACUGUGGACGUCUGCCGCUCUCCAGGGUGUGACAGACUGUCAGAAAUGUCACUUAAAGCACUGUUAGACAGCGAUGAAGAGGGACAGUCACAUUGAGAUGUGCAGUGAAACUGAAAUCUGGUGCUAAAGUCAGCUCUGUGUGACGUCCUGACUGCAUCUGAACAUUGUUUGUACGCAGCUCUUUAUUUCUGACAGUUGUACAGUUUUUUUUAGAUGUACAUAUUUUAAUGUCUUCCAAAGGACUGUAAGUAGAACGUUAGUUUUUGUUGAAUUAUGAGCCGUGAUCAUCUGGUCUUGAUGUUUUGGUCUCAGGUGCAGACGUUAUGGACUGAUGUGCAGGAGUGUAACACCAGCAUAUAUCAUGAUAUUCAUGCAGAACACACACUUGAACGCAUAUGGUGUGGUCAUGUGACACCGGUUAAGAAUAUUUCGGCAAACGGACGCCUUACGUUUCUCUGUUUGUUGAAUCCGCACCUUAUGAUGUACUUUCUCAGGGGAAUCGCUUUAUUUUGGUGGAAUUACCUUGGGUGACUUUUCUUUAGAUGAAUAAAUCAUGAAAAUGUAUGAAAAUA